AAAAAAAAAAAAAGUUUCCCAUUUCAACUUUUUUUUUUCCAUUAUGCCGCUUCUUCUUUUCCCCACCCUCCAAUCUCAUCUUUUAAGAACUCAAACUCAAGUACUUUGGUUUUUUGUAUGGACUGAUUUAACUUUAUCUUCUAUUCAAUUAUGGACAAAUCUACAUGAUAAACAUACUUGGCACUCUGAAUACUUUUCUAAAGCUAACCAAGGUUGGUAUCAACUCUAUUUACCUCUACUUUUCUCACCUGGUCAAUAUGAAUAUACACUGAAAUAUUAUCAGGAAAAUACAGAACAUUGGCUUGGUUCUCCUCAAACGAAUGGUAUUAUCUUUAUCUUACCUACCCAACCACCUUUACAGUAUCACCAUUUUACCAACCAGUUGAGAUUAAUACAUCAAUUGAAUAUUGGCAACUCAACAUUAUGGAUUCAAACCAUUGAUACAGUUAAUCAUAUUAUACCACUAGCUCAAUUGGAUGAUAUUCACACUUAUUUGGCUCUGGCACGAAAAAGUUCUUGUUGGAUAGUUCCUGUUUCUGGCUCUUUUCAAAUUGAAUCUGAUCAACGUCCAUGGCAAUUUUUCUUGUAUAGAAGUUUAAAGGAUGGUUCAGUACGUGUGUGGAUAGUGACGACUUGUCAAGGUCAAGAUGCGUGGUUACAUAUCAACAAUAAAACAUCAACAUUGGAGCUGCACUCAGUGAUAGACAAAUCAGGUAGCAAACACAAAAUGUAUUUGUCAAGUGGGAUCAUCAGAAAUCAAGAUUCGACUGGUAUGACUUUGAAACAACUGAUCAAUGCCGUCUUUUCCGAACUGAAAGCAACGACAAAGAUGGAAAGCUACCAAUCAAGUAACACGUGUGAUGACAAAAGUACAACGAUGAAAAGUUAUCUCGGAUAUUGCACCUGGAAUGCCUUUGGUCAAGAUGGUGUGACUGAAGUUGCGAUUGAACAAGCUCUCUCCUCUUUUGUAAAAAAUGACAUCCCUAUUCGGUAUCUUAUUAUUGAUGAUGGUUGGCAACAGCAGUGUAAAGGCUAUAUGACUGGUUGGGAUGCCGAUGGUUUGAAAUUUCCUAAAGGACUUGAUAAGACGAUCACAUCAUUGAAACAAACUUAUCCUAUGUUAUUAUCCGUUGGUGUUUGGCAUACACUCUGGGGAUACUGGAAAGGUAUAGAUAGCGAUAUCUAUAGGGAUGGAUCUUUUUAUUCAUUUACGGACAACUCAAAUGAUCAAAUCUAUCUUAUCAAUGAUAUCUCUCGAUUCUACAAUACAUUUUAUCAUCAACUGAAGAUGUCUGGAGUGGAUAUGGUCAAAGUCGAUAAUCAGGGAGCAUUGGCCGGUAAACUCUUUCUUUUACAUCAAACCGUAUCAUUGGAAUCGAAACAUCAUCUAUGGAAUACAUAUUGGGAAUCAAUGCAUCACGCUGCUAGCAAGUAUUUCACACAGUCCACUAUACAUUCUAUGGCAUUGACACCUUUCUUAUUGGAUGGUCCACUGAAGAAAUCCCACUCUGAUCAUACUAUUUUAAGAAAUAGCGACGAUUAUUUUCCUGAUGUACUUGAUAGUCAUCCAUGGCAUAUUUAUACCAAUGCAAUGAAUACCAUAUGGACAUCACACAUCUCCUCUAUGUUGGACUUUGAUAUGUUUGAAACUAUGCAUCCAUUUGCCGAAUAUCAUGCUGCAAGUCGCGCGUUGUCUGGUGGACCGAUCUAUAUUACUGACAAGCCUGGACAUCACAAUCCAAUGUUAACAAAAAGACUUGUUGCUCAAAAUCGACAUGGAGAAUAUGAAUUAUUGAGAUGCAAUCAACCCUGUUGGCCAUUCUUCGACACAGUAUUGGGCGGGAAACCUAUGGUUGAUCAAGCGUUUAUUGGGAUGUGGAAUUCGAACGAAAAUGAUGGACGUAUUUGUGGUUAUUGGAGUAUGCAGAUGGAAGAAGAUGUGUGUAUUGGUACCACGCCCGUCCCUUCUGGUUAUAUUGGGUACAUCACAUUUGGAUUGGAUUCUGGGAAAUGGUUAUACAACAAGAAAUCAAGUGGCUUUAAGAAUGAUCAAGACAUGGAACUACCUUUUCGAUUGAACGGCCGUGAUGGAUGGUGUCUAGUGAACGUGGUACCCCUUCAAUUCCUUGGCUCUUCAACUAUGAUAGGUAUCGCUUGCUUGGGAUUACUGGAUAAAUUGAAUGGUUUACAAGCAAUCAUCAGUACCGAAUGGAUAUCAACACAAUACAACCAUAUAGCUAUCUUCAGAACUCGGCUCUCACAUAAAAGUAGUCAGUGUGGCUUUUUUUUCUUAUCAUCAUCCAUUCUGUUGUGGACCAAGCUUGAUGGGGUUAAAGUACAAUUGAAGUCUCAGGGCAACUCGAUUUGGGUAUUAGAUAUGUUGAAUAACAUCUCAUUAGUGGCGUCAUCUGAUUCGGUUUUCACUGUGGAUCUCGCUGUGUUGAACCCUUACAUUAUCUCUAGUUAGUUUAGAUUCUUUUUAUUUUAUAUUUUACCAAUAAACUUUUUGAGACACUUACUGGAACUAUUUUGAAAUUU